AUGCGCUUCAACGACCAUGUUGCUGCCUUCAACAAGAUCUACGCGGGACUGCAGCAGGUGGCGCAGCAGAACGAGCUGCACAGGCAGCAGCAGCAGCAGCAGCAGCAGCAGCAGCAGCAGCAGCAGGGGGGAGGGGCGGGGCUGAAGACGGAGCAGGCCGCGCCAGCAGCAGCUGCCAAGUCCGAAGCAGAAGCAGCAAGUGCUGCAGCAGCAAACGCUGCAGCAGCAAACGCUGCAGCAGCACCUGCUCCUGUUGGAGCGCCUGUUGCUGCUGCAGCGCCUGCUGCUGCAGCGCCUGCUGCUGCAGCGCCUGCUGCUGCUGCUGCAGCGCCUGCAGCAGCUGUGCCUGCUGCUGCGCCGAACGCAGUCUCCACAGAUGCAGCUGCAGCAGCAGCCCCGGGAGGGGCAGCUGCAGCACCUGCUGCACCUGCUGCAGCAGCACCUAGCACCUGCAGCAGCAGCAGCACCUGCUGCAGCAGCAGCAGGGACACAGCCACCUGCAGCAGCAGCUGUGGCGGGGCCGCCGGCUACAGCAGCAGCUGCCCCAGAAACAGCAGCAGCAGCAGCAGCAGCAGCAAUGGUAGCAGCAGCAGGGGAAGCCCCUCCAAGCGUGCCCUUGCUGCAGCAGCAGCAGCAGCAGCAGCAAGUUAG